AUGUUCUCUCUGCCAUCUGCCCGGUCUCUGCUGGCGGCCGUGAGGCCCUCGACGUGGUCAUCACCCUUUGGGGCUGCUCUCAAUGCUCCCUCGCUGGCCUUGUCGCCUGCGUCGUUGGUGUUCGCACGCCAACGGCAUCAACUCGCCCCGCGGCAAGUCAAGUUCAUCAAGAGACACAAGGGCGUCUUGCCCAUCCCGGUUGGCGGCUCGACGAAGGGCACGACGCUCGCGUAUGGCGAAUGGGGCAUUCGUGUGAAGGGAAAUGGGAUGCGCAUUACUGCGAAGCAGCUGAAGAGUGCAGACGAGGCGUUGCGGAGGAAGCUAAAGCCAAUCAAGGGCGCGAAGGUAUACAUGCGGGUCUUCCCCGACAUCCCGGUCUGCAUUAAGGUUCGUAGUCUUCGCCUGGGUAAUGAGACCCGUAUGGGUAAGGGUAAGGGUUCUUUCGAGUUCUGGGCGACUCGCGUCGCGCCAGGACGUGUCCUCUUUGAACUGGGAGGCGCUCCCAUCCGUGAGGAGCUGGCACGAGAAGCGCUUCGUCUUGCAUGCGACAAGCUCCCUACCUCCAUGGAAUUCAUCGACCGUAAGGCACCCCCGAGACUCGGUAGCCUUCUCCUCUAUCCCGAGCUUGUCGCGGAGGCAGACCCGUCAAAAACAAUCGAGCCCACUGCUACCACAUAGUAGAGCCGUCUGUAGUCUACCCCUACCGCUCUAAUAACAUAGUUAUCCCACAGCACCACUCUCUGUCACUGUCUUAGGCUUCGCUCGCUGUCCAACAUAGCAUUGAAUGCUUAUUAUCGAGUAGCGUACUU